AUGACCUCAACAAAAACCCCAAGCCCAAUCACGGAGGUAGCUCUCUUUCACUUAAAACCAUCAACGGACCGAGCAGCCAUUAAAAGGGAGCUAUCGUCAGCCGCAAAGGCCCAGGCCUCCUACUCCAAGUACCCUACUUUCCUGUUUACCCAGAUUGAAGACCCAUCGUACAUCUACCUUCUUGGAGGCUGGAGUUCAGUGUCGGCCCACAUGGAUGAUUGGAUACCCAGCUCUACAAACCAGUCCUUACUUGCUUCUCUCAAGGAGAAGUUAGAUCUUGUGUACAUGAUUCAUAUUGAAAUUGAUCCUACUGAGCUGGGUGUGUUUGGAUUGUCUACCGGGAGGUCAGGAGAGGUACCGAUAGUUGAUUCCCCUGUGAUCGCUAUCGGGCGUUAUUUCCUGCGGACUGGUGAGAAGGAAGCGUUCCUGAACAGGUUCGAAGAGACUAAGACGCACUUGGAGGCGUAUAUUGCUCCAAGGGCAUUGAAAGGUGGAGUUCGGGUGGAACCCAAGGAUAGGAAGGCUGAUGGUAUGGAAAAGGAGGAGUUUGUGCUCUUCAGUGGUUGGGGAGAGGUGAAGGACCAUUCUCAAUUCGCAAAGUCGGAUGGGUUCAAGGAAUUUAGUCAGAUAAAGGACUUCUUGGAGGGGGCGGACAUUAAGCAUGUCUCUGUUUGGGAGGACUGA